CAAACAUGUAGUGGAACAACUGACCGUGACCAUUGCAAGCAGCACAGCAUGAGAGGACGUUGUGAGCGCUUACAGUGUCUGAAUAGCUUUGUUUCGACGGGAGAAUCACGAUAAAUAGAUGCACUUUGAAACAGCAUGAAGGCAUCUUGUUGUCAAGUUCCAACCAGUGGAUGCGCGCCGGAUCCAGAACCAACGACAGGAUGAACUGAGACAUUGCGCGCAAGAGUUUUGCCACGGGCAAGCGUUAGGUUUGACCUCUGUGUAAUUUAUUUCUGAGACAAACAGCUUGGUUAGGAUGUAUCAAUGAAGAACGUGACCGCGCCUGACUCUCUCCAAAAGGGGUUGAUGAAGCCGUCGGCGGUGUCAUGCGUCUUGCCCCGCAGCCAAGCGCGCAACCCUUGCGGCUCAUAGUUCUGCUCUUCUUCACCGCGGGGGUGAAACCAUCCCCGGUGCUCUCCACGGGCUGCCCGGACAGGUGCGUGUGUGAUGACCAGCUGGUGGUUCAAUGCGCUGGGCAGCACCUGACCACCUUCCCGGUCAACUUGCCGCUGGCCACGCGGCAGCUCAUUAUCUCCAACAACCGCAUCGUGGAGCUGCCGCCACUUGCGCUCAACUACCUUUCCGAUCUGGUGUACCUGGACUGCAGCAACAAUUCCCUUACGGAGAUAUCCGAGUCUACGUUUGGGAAUCUACGGAAGCUGGCCUACCUGGACCUCUCCUUCAACACCUUGAUCCGGAUCGAGGACAGGACGUUUGGGCCCUUGGUGAGCCUGGUGAUGCUGAGGAUGACCGACAACCCGGGGCUCUCGGACAUUCACCAGGACGCCUUUGUGGAAAACGCGGCCCUCCAGGUGCUGGAUGUGAGUCGGAACAACCUGACGGUCGUCAACAUCACCUCCCUGAUCGCGCUGCCCGCCCUGCGCUCGGUGGGGCUCAGCGGGAACCCGUGGAGCUGCGAGUGCAACAACGAGGACCUGUGUCUGUGGGUCCACCUGGAGGGCUUCAAGUUCCAAGAUGAGGGCCAGACGGUGUGUGGCUCGCCCGCCGACAUGCAGGGCCGUCGUCUGGGUGAGGUGGGCAUCCAGCUACGGACGUUAUGUCACCAGACUCUGGGCUCCUGGGACUACCUGUUCUUUGUCGCCAUCGGCUUUGUCAUCUUUGCAGCUGGCACUGUGUCGGCCUGGGUGAUGGGCGUUAUUAUGGUGCUCCAUGAGCGCUACAUCAAGAGGAAAGACGAACAGCUCGAUGCGGACGACGAGGAUGAAUCUAGUGAGACCUCGCGAUUCAGGAGUGACCAUGGCAACGGGAAUUUGCAAAUGUCACAAACUGUCUAAAAUGUUUAAUUCCACUCUGCCCAUCACGGAUUCCCACAGUGCCUCCUGUCAGCUUCCAGGACUGUCAUGAAGUCCAAUUACACUGCAGUCAAACUGAGUGUGUUUAACAAGCUCAGCUGGCUCUCAGAGAGAAAAGAGGAUUCAACAGAGAUGUGGAAUGUCAUACUUCUCUUGUGUAGUGGGCUUUCAGGGGAUGUAACACACCUUCUGGCUGCCAUUGUGGAGGUCCCCCUGCAUUUGGGGUAUUACUGUCAGUGUAUGCAAAUGUCUGACUGUGCUAUAUGGUGUAUUACUUUGUAAUAUUUGACUGGUCAUACGGGGUGACAGAGGAGCCCAUAUCAGCUGGGCUGGGUAUCUACGAAGCCACUCGCUGGUCUGACCUUUACAGAAUGUUUUAGCUGGUUAUCAACUCAUUUUGGCUUGUGUAACAGUAUCAAUGUUCACAUUUACCGACUUCAAAAUAGUUUCACAUUUUAGGAACUUUAAUGACUCACUUUGUUGCCAAGAGUUAGAUGAGAAGAUUGAUUCCACUUUAUUGAUCUUCUCACCUAACUCUAGGCGAGACAGCGAAUAAGAGUGUUUCCCAACAUGUCCGGCUAUUCUUUUAACAAGCAUCUGGGUCCAGCUGUGACCAACAAAGGACAAACAAGCUUGUCAUAUGAUGCAAUUUGUUUGUACCUAUAAUGUUACAAAUUGGAUAGUUGCACCUGCUAAUAAAUAUGACAAUCUAUUUCUAGACCCUACUUAAUUAGC